CUGGGUGCGUUGAGGUUUUAGACCAUUACGAGUUGCAGAGAGAGAGUGUGAGUGUGUUGUGUUAUGGCUACCAUGCAGGAGAUGGGUCCGAGGAGCCCAGAGGCGAAGCUGGGAAUGAGAGUGGAGGAUCUGUGGGACGUUCAGGAGCCACAGCUGAGUCCUACUGAAAAGCUUAAUGCUUGCUUCGAAAGCAUCCCUGUCUCUGCCUUUCCCCUAGCUUCUUCUAACCUAGUGAUUGAGAUAAAAUCAGACACCACCCUGUCUGAGGCUGUUAAAAUAUUGUCACAGCACAAUAUUCUUAGCGCACCUGUUGUUGAUGUCGAGGCAUCUGAAGAUGCUACUUGGAUUGAUAGAUAUAUUGGAAUUGUUGAGUUUGCUGGAAUUGCUGUUUGGAUUCUGCAACAGUCUGAACCUCCAUCUCCUAGGAGUCCAACAAGUGGAAGUGCUAUUGCAGCUGCAGUUAAUGGAUGUAAUGCUGCUCGAGAACUUGAGGGCUUAGGCCUUGGCUCUGCUGCUGCAACUUCAGGAAACUUUUUUGAGGAUUUGACAUCUUCUGAACUUUACAAGAGUGCCAAGGUCCGUGAUAUUUCAGGUUCAUUCCGCUGGGCCCCAUUCCUUGCAUUGCAGAGAUCAAAUUCAUUCUUGACUAUGCUUUUGUUGCUUUCAAAGUACAAGAUGAAGAGUAUUCCUGUGGUGGAUUUGGGUGCAGGCAGGAUUGAUAACGUUAUUACACAGCCUGCUGUUAUUCAUAUGUUGGCUGAAUGUUCUGGACUUCAGUGGUUUGAGAGUUGGGGAACCAAGAUGCUAUCUGCAGUUGGUCUUCCUCUGGUGACAGAAAAUCAGAUUAUCAAGGUUUAUGAGGAUGAACCGGUGCUUCAAGCAUUUAAAGCGAUGAGGAAAAAUAGGAUUGGAGGGGUCCCUGUAAUCGAGAGAAGUGAUGACAAAGCAGUGGGUACCAUAAGCCUACGAGAUGUUCAAUUCUUGCUAACUGCUCCUGAAAUCUUUCACGAUUAUAGGAAUAUAACAGUAAAAGACUUCCUCACAGCCGUUAGAAGCUACUUAGAGAAGCAUGAAGAGGUAUUCCCAAAAUUAAGUGAAUUGGUUACAUGCAAAAAGGGUUGCACAGUGAAAGAACUGAUUCAAUUGCUUGACAACAAGAAGAUUAAUCGAAUCUAUGUGGUGGAUGAUAACGGGAAUCUGGAAGGAGUGAUCACACUCAGAGACAUCAUCUCAAGGCUAGUACACGAGCCUCGAGGCUACUUUGGUGAUUUCUUUGAUGGUGUUCUUCCUCUUCCUCCAAACUGCCGGGUUUAGCAAACAUUAAAAACCAAUAACUUGGCCGCUUGAGCCUAAUUUAUUAAGUGGGAUGGGUUAUGAGUCGCAUUCAGGUUUAAACUCUCUUAAUUCAGAGAGCCUAAUAGCUGAUCUUUUGCUUUGUGAAGACUUGUAGCAAAGGCACAAAGCAAUUUGCAAUUUUGUUGAACGUGUUUAACCUGUACGAGCAAGGGUUGCUGUAAAUUUGAGAACGAAUUCCCUCAGUUCUGUAACCAUGAGCUUCGGCGAGUUUUUUU